UCCGUGACCGCUCAUUGAAUAUUCAUUGAAAAGCAACGGUAGUUCUCCGUUCACCACAGAGUGCGUCCGUGCGCGUGGUGGGAACUGUAGCAAGAUGGCGGCGCUGAAGGAGGAGCAGUGCUACGGGCUGUCCUGUGGAAGAGUGAGCAACGGCAGCAAUGUCUCCGUGUUCCACGUCAAACUCACUGACAGCGCGCUGAAGGCGUUCGAAGGCUACCAGAGCAGCAAGGUCCUGUCCUCGUCGCCAUUGAUCAGAUUUAAUGGAAACCAAGGGAAAAUUUCCAUACCACGGUCAGAAAAUUCCAGUGAACUGCAAACAUUUACUUUCUACCUGUCAAAUGUGGGCAGAGAUAACCCGCAGGGCAGCUUUGACUGCAUCCAGCAGUACAUCACCAGUGAUGGGAGCAUUCAGCUGGACUGCUUGGGUGUGAUCCAGGACAAAAUCACCGUAUGUGCCACAGACGACUCGUACCAAAAGGCCAGGGAAAGCAUGGCUCAGGUUGAGGAGGAGACGCGCAGUAGGAGUGCCAUCGUCAUCAAGCCUGGGGGAAGAUAUGUAGGUAAGAAGGUUCAGAUCCGGAAACCGGCACCUGGCCUCUCAGACAUCGCCCCAUUACGGAGGACAUCGCGGCCUGUCAUCAUCUCUAGCAGUACGCAAAAGAAAGCCACGACUCAGCACAGGCCGAUCCGAGAGCGUCUCACACACCUGUUGGCCCUUAAGCCUUAUAAGAAGCCUGAGCUGAUCCUGAGGCUGCAGAAAGAUGGACUCUCGCCACUGGAUAAAGACUCCCUGGACAGCCAUCUGCAGCAGGUGGCAAACCUGAGUGGGAAAGACAACACCUUCAUGCUGAAGGACGUUUUGUAUAAGGAAAUUCAAAAGGACUGGCCUGGUUAUACAGAAGGAGACCAGCAGCUUCUUAAGAGAAUCCUGUUUAGGAAACAGUGUCAGGCCCAGAAUGAUUCUGCUCCUGCACCGGAGAGCCCGCCCAAAGAGCUACCGAGCAGCUCACCUUCUCAGAAACGACCUGCGUCUGAUUUCAUUGACCCUUUGGCCAACAAAAAACCCAGGAUAUCACACCUUGCCAGCAAGGCUGCAACAGCCCCAGUAAAUGGCAAGUUCAGCUCAUCCAACGGACGAGCCGAGGCGGGAGGCGCGCAGGCGGGAGUGGCAGCUGCCGUGACGGACAGCGGCGUGACGUCCAACUCCCAGCAGCUCCCCGUGCUGGACAUCCCGCGUCCUUUCGAAGCUCUGUCGGAUGUGAGCAAUGACUCCAAUCACAACGGGAGAGACUGCGACUCUCAAGAAACAGCGGUGUCUGAGAGGCUCAGCCAGCCUCCUUCACUGUCGUCAGGAUCAACAGUACUUAGCGCACCGAGAAUCACCACAUCAUCUCCUGGACACACAGUCGUGGAGGGAGCUCAAGACAAAAGUCCCUCGUCCUUCAACAGCAAAUCAAAGAAGAAGUCAAAAAAGCAUAAGGAUAAGGAAAAAAGUAAAGAUAAAGAGAGGACGAGGGAGAAAGAGAAAGCGAGGAAAAGCCACGAGGCACAUGUGUCUGAGCCUAAUAAAGCCUGUGAAAUGAGCCCAGGAAACCUCAAAAGCAACAGUAUUCCACAAAAAAGCACAGAUGUAAAUGGAAUGUGCAACGAUACCAGUAUUUCUUCGUCAUCGCUUGAGGUGGCAGACUAUUUAUUGAAGUACACAGUGAUCGGCUCUCCAGAGCAGCGUCAGAGGUAUAAAAACGAUUUCAACGCCGAGUACAGCGAGUACAGGGGUCUGCACGCUCGGAUAGAGGGCAUCACUCGGCAGUUCACGGUGCUUGACAAUGAGCUCAAACAGCUCCAACAAGGCACAGACAAGUACAAGACAAUCCACAACCAAAUACUUCAAGAGUAUCAUAAAAUCAAAAAGACUAAUCCCAACUAUAGCCAAGAGAAGAACCGCUGUGAAUAUCUACACAACAAACUGGCACAUAUAAAGAGGCUCAUCGCUGAGUAUGAUCAACAGCAACUUUAAAAGUAGUUAUUAAUAAAUGUCGUUUCCCUAUUAUCUCUGGAAACCAUGCAGAUAAAGGAAAACUGACUUACGCUUGUGCUAAAAUAUUUUUUUCAUGGAAAAGUACCAUGAAAGGAGUAUUCCCCACGCUGAGGCUAAAGGCUCUAGUGAGGACAAAGCAGGACACAUAAUUUUUUUUUUUUUUUUUUGGAGGAUGGGGCUGUGUCUUUCUGUAUAGUUACAAUGCAUCUAGAAAGGAGAAAAACGUCAUGGCUUUGUUUUUGUUUUUCCUCCCCUCAACAGCCCACCCUACUUGUAGUGCACAGAGGUUGGGCAGAGGUCCUGGUUUUGAAACUGGAUGAGGGGGGACUCUUUGAUGAAAACCAAAUGCAACUAAUUUGUUUUUGACUAAAAUAAUUAAAUGAAAUAUCAGUUUAACGUAUACUGAAGCAAAUGGCUGUGAUGAUUGUGGAUUAUAUUUAUUUUUGACACUUACCCGGGGGAGAACACGUCUGUUUUACACUCCUCUUCAUCAGUACUAGUAGUAGCUGUCUCUCUCAUUUUCUGUCACAUCUUGAAUUUCAGCCAGCAUUUGAUUCAGAAGCUGCCUUGCCCAUCUGAUAUCAGUCUGUUGGAGCUUGUUUUCCCUCUUUAUAAAGAUAUGCAGAUAUUACGAUUGAUUAAAUCCAAACAACGUGUCCCGGUCAGACAUCCGUUUGUGCACUUUGCUAUUUUUCCUUAAAACUGUGUUCAGAUGUGUUGUCCAUGGGCAUGUGAACCUUUCCGCUGCAGCUGUACACUUUCAGUCUGUCUCCUACUACUCAAUCAUGAGCUCAUAAUGUUCAAUAGUUACAACAGUGUUCUUGAUUUGGUUUAACAACGUCUCUCGCUGAAAUAAAAACUGUAUUAAGCCACUUAAUAGGUUUUUUUUUUUUAGAAAGGAACCGAUGUGACUUUCCUGAGGAGUCUGUUGCCAGCUUGAGUCUUCCUCACACUGUGGAAAAUCCUCUAAUUGGAAGACGAUGCAGGCAGACGACCUGGAUAUGGAAUUUAAUGUUCUUUUUCUCUUUAGAACAUUGAAAAUUAGAUUGACCCACAGAUCUGAUAUUUCUUAAUGUUACCGUUCUUGUCGCAAUUUAGUUAGUAGUUGACUACAGACUGUAAGUAUAAAUAUAGUUAUUUAGUUCUGUCUGCUCAUUGGCCCACAUGGUGUAACAUAUUCAAGACGACUGUUAAGAUGAAGCCAUCUGUGAUUAUCUUCUGAGAGCACAGACUCUGAGGAGAGCCCACCGAACCACUUUUUGCCUUUUCAAAAGUGAUGUCAGAUAUUUGGAGAAUGACCUAAGAAAUGUCCUGCACCUGCUCUUCUCAGUGAGACGUGUGCAAUCGGGACGGAUUCACUGAACGCAUUCAGCGACAAAUUAGAAACGCGCUGCCACAAGUGGGUUUAGUCUGUGAACACAUCCCUUGUGUUUUAUAUGAACAUGAAAAACUGCACUUCUUUCCUGAUCUUGCUGUUACCUGAGGGUUUUGUCUAAGUGACUCUCUCCUCCUUGUCCAUUCGAGUGCAUGCUUUCUGAAUGUAUUACAGUGAGCAGUCUUUGUAUCUUUACUUGAAAAGAAUUUAUCCAAGGAUGUCAGAAACCAAGCGAAGGCCUAGUCCAAAAUGAAUUUUUACUAAAUCAACUAGACAUGACUGACCAGUAUGUUUACCAAAGUACUUAGCUACUGGGACGAAACCAAAUGUUGGCGAAGGCACCUCAGUAUUCCCGACUACCUGUUAUCCUUUCAGAAAUCUGUGUUCUCUGGAGAGUCUUUCUCCUAAUUCAAACACUACAUUCUCAGUGUGAGGCUAAGGACAGCAGUGCUGCAGGGUGGAGGCUGAAGCUGGACGGGAGCUGAUGCGAAUGUUUUCUUGCCAGGAUUAACACUUGCAACAUUUAACCAACCAAGAAAGACACUUUUUCCACACACGAUUUUUUUUUUUACUGUUCUCAUGUGAUUACUGUAUUACAUCUGGUCACAUUAUGGUCAAAAUCCAUUGUGCAGGACUUGAUGAGUAAGCGCAAACGUUUGAAAGUAACAGAAUGCCAGCACAAGUGUUGCUGUAUGUGUGCCAAAAUGACCUGUUGUAUAGGUUUUUUUCUGUUGAGUAUAUACAUGCUGCUGUAUAAGUAAAGAGGGCUUUGGAGAAGAGUUGUUGCUGAACCCCAAAGCACGCUUUUUGAAAACCAUAAGGGACUGGGACUGAAAUUGAUCUUUGUUUCAAUAAAAAUUCUUUCACACAAAUCUAA